AUGACGAACCAAAAGGAUUUGGACUUUGAUAACAUUUUCAAAAUUACAACGACGGCAUUGCAUAUCAGUGGGUCUCAUCCCAGCGUACGCAGAGAUUUAAAAUGGGCCCUAAAAUUUACAGUACUCCACGGGACAUUUAUUUUAGGAUUCCUAAUGUUUAUGUACAAUAUUGUCUAUCACGAUUUUAAAGAGAACAACUUUAUUAAAAUUUGCAAAAACGGCGUAAUGGGUAUUGUAACUUUUGUGAUAACAUUCCAGUACUGCAUCUUACUGACCCAUCAGGAUACUCUCGUGGUAUUGAUUAAAAACAUAAAUGCUGACUAUGAGCAGUUGCAAAACUUGCCUGAUAAGGAAAGGCAGUUUAUGUACAAAUACGCGAAUCUAGGUGUAAAGGUUUGCUGGCAAUGGUUCGUUCUGACCAUAUCAGCUGUUUUGACAUUUCUUGUAAAAAGUACGGGACUUAUGUUGUAUUACUGUUUAAUUAAUGAUUUCCGAUAUGUUCCCUUUUACGAUAUUAAAUACCCAGAGUUUAUUGAAGAACGGAAGAAUGAUAAUCUCCCUGUGUAUUUGAGUAUUUAUUUUUUAAUGUUUUUCUUUGCUUGUUACUCGUGUAUGAACUACGUUGCGUACGUGCCACUGGGCCCAAUAUUUAUGCUGCAUGCGAGUGGGCAACUUGAGCUGAUCAAGAACCGGAUUGACGAUCUGUUUUCGGAGCGUGAUCCUGAAAAGAUUCGGAUGAAACUGAAGGACAUCAUUAUUAAGCAGCAGUACAUUUACAACAUCGUUGAUGAUAUGAAGGGAGUAUUUAAGAUUGGGUAUGAAAUAGCUCUAAAAGGUACAGCUUUACUACUGCCUGUCACCAUUUAUGCGGUGCUUGAGGCUGCAAAAAACGGAGAAGUAAGCAUGGAGUUCAUCUGUUUUAUAAUAGGAGGGAUAAUGUUAUGUGCUUCUCCGUGCUACUACAGCGACUUGCUUAUGGAGAAGGGUGAAGCUGUACGCUUGUCCUUGUACAUGUGUGGGUGGGAGCAGCAUCACGAUCGGCGCACGCGCACCACGCUGCAGUUGAUGCUGCUACGGGCACUCAGACCUAUUGCUAUACAGACUUUAUUCAGAACUUUAUGCUUGGAUGCCCUAACUGACUUGUUUCAACAGUCUUAUGGUAUCUUCAACCUGAUGAAUGCCAUGUGGAAUUAG